CGCUGGUUAAAAAGAAGGAGGAAAGAGGACGGGAAAACAUGUGAGCGCUCACAGGACUUUUAGUGAGACACAACUUUUAUUUUACUAUAUGUUUUAUUUUUGUUUGAACUAAGCCGUGCCUGUACACACAGCCGUGCAGAGCACCACAAAGGAAUUACAUCUGAAAGGAACGACACGGCUCUUUUUCUACUUUACUGGCUUUUGACUUUUUUGUGUUCAUCAGGAUAAUUUGUGUUUGUAUUUUGAUAUUUCUAUAUUUGUACUAUAUAACCAGCGGAAGCAUUAAUUUAUUUUUAAACACCUGUCUCCACUGCAGUGAAUCAAACAAGAUAUUUGUAUUUUCAACCGGCUUCUAGCUGCUUGGAGAAAUAUAGGCUAUCUAAAAAUAUUUAUGCAUAUAGCCUACGGCACUGCCGGUUCACAUUUCUCUUUUGAUAAAGGGAGGCAUAUAUAGUGUAUUUUUCCUCAUUUAUUGUAUUUUUUUCUUCUUUUUUAAUAUUAUUAUUUCAUAAUCAUUUUUAAACUAUGAAGCAUUUGCAAUUUGUGCUGGUCCUGGCCAUCGCGGUCAAUAUGUGGGAAUGUGGAGACGCAAAGUUCGGCGAGAGGGGAGAAAUCAGCCCCCGGAGGAGAAGAUGUUACGACGGCAGCUUGCCCAAGCGGCUGAAGAAGAGGGAGCGAAAAGUGCUGCUUGACGGCAGCAGCGGGGAGGUUUGCCACAGGUUGUAUCCCCGAGUGUCCUGCUGUCCCACCAGGAGGGCCGCCUACCAGAUCCUGCACCGCAGGGAUGCCAGGAUUUUCUCCACGAACAAUACAGAAUGUGGACGGAUCCUGGAGGAGAUCAAGUGUGCACGCUGCUCCCCCAAUGCCCAGGUGUUGUUCCACUCCUUGGACAUGGACAAGAUGCCACACAGGGAGCCAGACCUGCCGCGGCUCUGCCAGGACUUCUGCCGCGAGUUCUACUACACCUGCCGGGGGCACAUACCAGAACUAUUCCAAGCCGAUGUGGAUGAGUUCUGCCAAUACUAUGGGAGAAGGGAUGCCAGUUUAUGCUUUCCAGAUUUUCAACGAAAGCAUCCACAUGGGCAAGACUCCAACUACUUGGGAGAUGAGAAAAUAGAAGAUAUCAGCAGGAAACACAAACACAACUGCUAUUGUGCCCAGGAGGUGUUGAGUGGUCUGAGGCAGCCGGUGGCUGUGGUGCACUGCGGCGAUGGUUCCCAGCGGCUCUUUGUCCUGGAGAGGGAGGGGAUCGUCAGGGUACUCAACCAUGACCUCGAGCUAAUCAAAGAGCCCUUCUUGGACAUCCACAAGCUGGUGCAGAGCGGCCUCAAGGGUGGAGAUGAAAGGGGCCUGCUAAGCCUGGCAUUCCACCCCAAUUACAAGAAGAAUGGCAAGCUCUACAUCUCUUACACCACCAACCAAGAGCGCUGGGCCAUUGGACCACACGACCACAUUCUCCGUGUGGUUGAAUACACCGUUUCAAGGAAAAACCCAAACCAGGUGGACAUCAGGACGGUCCGUGUGCUUAUGGAAGUGGCUGAGCUGCACAGGAAACAUCUCGGUGGUCAGCUUCUGUUCAGUCCUGAUGGUCUGCUGCACAUCAUUCUGGGAGAUGGCAUGAUCACUCUAGAUGAUAUGGAGGAAAUGGAUGGACUGAGUGAUUUCACAGGGUCCGUUCUCAGGGUAGACGUGGACACAGACUGUUGUACGUCUCCUUACUCUAUACCACGGGACAAUCCCUACUUCAACAGUACCAACCAGCCACCUGAAAUCUUUGCUCAUGGAUUACAUGACCCAGGCAGGUGUGCUGUGGAUCGACUUCAGACAGACAAUGGAAGUCUCAUAAUCCUCUGUACCGAUGCCAGUGGCAAAAAUGCAUCAGCUGGAAGAAUAUUGGAAAUUAGUAAGGGGAAGGAUUAUGAAAAUGAGCCCUCUGUUUAUGACCUGCACUCCAGUGGAGGAGCACCGCCUGUGGGGGGCUUCAUCUACAGGGGCUGCCAGUCCAGAAGACUUUAUGGAAGUUAUGUGUUUGGAGAUAGAAAUGGUAAUCUACGGAUCCUCCAGAAAGCAACGUUUUCAACGUCAGCAGAUGGAGAAGAGUGGCAGGAAAAACCUCUGUGUCUGGGCAUGGCUGGCUCCUGUGGCUCCAUGCUUGUUGGGCACAUUUUGGGUUUCGGCGAGGAUGAACUGGGUGAAGUCUACAUACUGGCAAGCAGUAAAAGCUUGGCGCAGUCACACAGUGGGAAACUCUACAAGCUGGUUGACCCCAAAAGGCCACAUGCCCCGAAGGAGUGCCAGCGUCAGGUGGAGCCACCAGAGCUGCUGAUGACAGCUUGUUCCAGACACUGUAAGAACGGACACUGCACCCCCACCGGCAAGUGCUGCUGCAGCCCGGGCUGGGAGGGCCCUCUCUGCAGAGUUGCCAAAUGCGAGCCAGCCUGCCGCAAUGGAGGAGUGUGUAUGGAGCCCAACAAGUGCCUGUGCAAGAAUGGCUACUCCGGCGACCAGUGUGAGAAGAGUGAGCAGGGCAUGCCCAACGACCAGGAGAAAGAUGGCAUACUGGAUCACAUCAUCGACAUGACUUCGUACCUCCUAGAUCUGACCAGCUACAUCGUAUAGGAGCGUGCCGAAGGGGGCUGCUCCCCACCUUCAUCCUAAAGUUGACACAAAUCUACCUAUCACCACCAGCAGACUCGAAUGAGGCGUCCUUAAUAUGGCCUCUUAAUCUCCCCGACACUCACAGAGACACACAAACAGAUACACGAGACCCCCAUCAGACUGCUUUUGACCCAUGUCACCACACACCAAACUCUUCUUCCUUUCACCUAUAAGCUACUUGCUCUUGAGCACCAGGCCUGGCAUCCAAGCCGUGUUCACGUUUCAAAGAGACCUCCAGACAGCAGCGAGUUGAUUGACAAGCAUGGCCAAGUUAUGGAAGUUCCAAUAAGACAUUUGCUCUCUGGAAAUGCCUGCACACAGCUGGCUCCACGGAAACUCCACAGGGAUGAACUGUUAUAACCCAAGACUUGGAACAUUUUUAGGGGGGGCAACCUGUUGCUUUACUUUAAACUCCCCCCAAAAAAAGUGGGAGUUUCAGAGGAGACAGUCAAUUUGUUCAGCAAUUCAUUAAGGACUCUAAAUUUUCAGGAGUUUGUGAUGAUGCUUCAGCAAGAACAAAGCAAAACAAAUGUCUGCACAUGCAGACUUUAAAGGAACGUGACCUGUGGGUCAUGUAGAGCCCGCAGUGCCUUGUGCUUUACUACUCUGAAGGCACUUACACAAGAAAAACCAUGUUGUCUCACUUGUCAUGUCAAAUCUAGUUUGUGGGCACAUUGCUGUGAUAGACAGUUACAGUAUACAGCAUGUGUAAUUGUGUUUUGCAAUGCUCACUUUUCAUCAGUGUACAGAAUGAAUCUACAGCUGACAGACUGUUGAACACCGAAGGGAACAUGGCCGAGUGACAAGACUGAACUUUAGUGCCAGUUCCAUGCAGUCUGAACAAUUUUCUGCUCUCGUGCACUGUAUUCAUUUUUGCUAAUUCACUUUAUUCUUCAAAAUGAAUUAAAACAUGACGUAAAAGUGCAAUGAGAGUAGUUUUACACUCACACUUCAGCAUUACCGCAGGUAUGGUUCAACACACUCCUUUCAUUGCAUCAUACCCUGAACUCCAAACUCUAAAGGGAAGAGAUAGUACGGUGAUGUAUAUUUCCAAUAGAGCUUAUCUAAGUACUACUUAGCAUUGCAAAAAAAA